CCUAACACAAGAGUACGAAGUGAUGCUCCAAGCCGUCUUCAAAGACCAAUCAGAGAGUGAUGCGGUGUUUGUGGUGGAGACGACACUUGCCAGGACAACAACGGUUGCCACUACAACGCCAGUGGUGCGUCAUGCGGUGAGAGGCCUGCAGGUCCAGGAGGAGACCACCUACAGCCUGGAGGUGUCAUGGCAGCUGGAGGAUCCUAAGGUGGACCAGUACAGAGUCACCUACGUCAGCCUCACAGGAGACCGCAACGAGGAGUCA